GGGGCUGUGUGGGGGUCCCGGUCUGGGCGUGCCUCGGUCGCGCGGAGCUCGGGGCCGCUGCCCGGCACCGCCCGCCGCCGCCUGCGUCUCGGCGUCCCCCUUGGCGGGGCCCCGUCCUGCGUGAGCGGCUCCAGUCCAGCCCGGUGGCCGGAGGCGUCUAGCGGGACCGAGCCGCUGCGGCCCAUGGGGGGGCGAGCCCCAGCGUCCGGCACGGGGAGCGCACUGGGUGCGCCAUGGAGCCCGAGCCAGUGGAGGACUGUGUGCAGAACACGCUCUCGGCCCUGUACCCGCCCUUUGCGGCCACAGCGCCCACCCUGCUGGGGCAAGUGUUCGAGGUGGUGGAGCGAACGUACCGGGAGGAUGCCCUGCACUACACCAUUGAGUUCCUCAUACCGGCCAAGCACAUCCUGGCACGCAUUCAACAGGAGGCCUGUGCCCAGUACAGCGGGUUUGUGUUCUGUCACGAGGGGUGGCCGCUCUGUCUGCACGAGAAGGUCGUGGUGCAGCUCAGCUCCCUGCCCUGGCAGCAGCUGUGUCCUGGCGACUUCUACCUGCAGGUGGCCCCCUACCUGUCUCAUGCCCCCCGCCUGGUGCUCAAGUGCCUGUCGCCGGACGGGCGCAGCGUGCAGGAGCUGCCCGUGCUGCCUGACGCCUACCCCUUCCUCUUCACGGCCGAGUGGCUGAACGGCAUCAACAAAGACCGGCGGGCCGGGCGGCUGGAGCGUUGCCUGCUGGCCGCUGAAGAGCGGGUGCUGCGCCUGCCCUGGACCGAACUCAUCUGCCCGCAGUUUGUGCACCAAGGCAGCUUCAUGGUGGGGCGGCGUUGCCUGCCGGGCCCCAGCCCUGAGGUGCUGGGGGCUCGCAGCCCUGGGGAUGGGCGCCACUCAGGCGGGGAGAGCCAGGAGGCGGAAGGUGUGGGCCUGGAGGGGGAGUACGUGCAGCUCCUGGAAAUCAGCCCGCCACGUCAUGAUGCCCCCCCAACCCCAGUGUCCCCCAGUUCCCAGACCCGCACCCUGCCCGCCCGCAAGGGCCAGGGCAAAGGCCGCAACCGGCGCCACCGUGCCUGGCUGCACCACAAGCCCAGCCGGGAGGAGACUCUGCCCAGGAACCGGCCCCGCAGGACCUGGGAAGGGGGGCGGCCAGGGGCAGAUCCCGGCCAAGCAGGGCUCCUCCGGGGCUGGGACCUACAGAGGCCAUACGGGGAGACUGGAGGGCCGAGGGUCAGCCAGGGGGAUGGGCAGGAUCGGGGAGGCCCUGCACAAAAAGUGGCAGCACAGAGUCGGGGCAAAGGGGGGCGUCUGCCUGGGGAGAGGCAGUGGGGAGGAGACACUGGGGAGAAGGCAGGGGAUCCCAGUCUGGGGGGGGACAAGCAGCGCGGUGGGGACCCUCCAAAGGAGCAGCGGGAAGGGGAUCUCAGCCUCAGGGAGGAGCAGCGUGCUGAGGACCUUGGGGAGGGGCAACAUGUGGGGGAUCCCAGCUUCAAGGAGGAGCAGCGGGGCCGGGACCCUGAGGAGAAGCAGCGGGAUGGGGUCCCUGAGGAGAGGCAGAAAGGAGGGGAUUGCAGCCUCGGGGAGGAACAGCAGAGCAGGGACCCUGGCACCCCAGCCAUCUCUCCCCAGCCCAGCACUGUGGCUGAGGUGCAGGGACUUAGUGAGGGAGGGGGGCAGGCGACCUGGCCAGCUGCAUGGCCUAGCCCUGGGCAGCAGGCACAGAGCCAGGGUCUUUCAAGGCCGAGCAGCCCCCAGCAUGAGGCUUCCAGUGCUGACCUGAGGUCAGCCAGAGCAGAGCCACCAGGAGCCAGGACUAGCCCCCAGCAAGGGGCCAUUGGGGACUCUGCUGCGGGGCUGCCGCACCGGGCUGCCAAGGGCAACCGCAGAAGGAGAAAGUGGGGAGGGAGAGGCUGCCCCACCAAUGUGGAUUGGAAGGAGCCUGGGUCUCCUGGGACAGGGGUGGGGGAUGCCCCGGCUGGCACCAAAGAGGGCGGUAUCCCUGCUGGCACCAGACUCCCUGUUGUCCCCACCCCAAGAGAGGGGGACAUCCCCCCAAGCACCAAAAAGGAGGGCAACCCCUCUGGCACCAGACUGCCCAUUACCUCCGCCCCAGGAGAGGGGGGCAUCCCCCCCACCACCAAAGAAGGGGGUGUUCCCCCCAGCAGCACAGAAGGAGGCAGCCCCUCUGGCACUGGACUCCCUGUUGCUCCCGCCCCAGGAGAAGGGGGCAUUCCCCCCAGCAGCACAGAACGGGACAGCCCCUCUGGCACUGGACCCCCUGUUGCUCCCACCCCAGGAGAAGGGGGCAUUCCCCCCAGCAGCACAGAACGGGACAGCCCCUCUGGCACUGGACUGCCCGUUGUCCCCACCCCAGGAGAAGGAGGCGUCCCCCCCAGCAGGACAGAGCCAGACAGCCCCUCUGGCACCAGACUCCCCAUUGCCCCCACCCCAGGAGAAGGAGGCAUCCCCCCCAGCAGCACAGAGCCAGACAGCCCCUCUGUCACCAGACUUCCCGUUGCCCUCACCUCAGGAGAGGGGUCCAUCCCCCCCAGCCAAGAGGAAGAGACUCGUGCUGACUGCCCCGGGCAGGGGGCCCUCACAGCGGCCCUGGCAGAGGCUGCAGUCCCCACAGGUGCAGAGGAAGAGGCUGCCCCCAGACCCCUGGAGAGGACGGAGGCCAUUGGUGCUGGCACAGCCCCCUUUGUGAAGAGUGCUUUGCCCCUCACGGGGGGUGCAGGAACCAGCUGCCCCGUGGAAUCCUUGCCCCCCACCUCGGCCCCUGUGGAGCAAGAUGUAGACUGGGAGCUUUUGGGCUCAGGCAUCUUCCAGCUGACAGGCGGAGUAGACCGGAUGGGAAGGGCCUUGCUGACCGUCACCCCCCAGCCCCCAGGGGAGUCAGCCCCAGCUCAGGGGGAGCUGAGCCAGGCCCUGCGAUACCUGCAUUCACUGCUCAGGAAGGAGCAGCAGGAGCUGGGGCUGACGGUGCUGCUGGAUCUGCGGCAAGGGGGGGCUCUGUCCCCCCAUCCCCCUGCACUGCUGCCAGCCCUGCAGGAGCUGCAGGAGGUGUCACCAGCUCUUGUGAGCCGCCUGCUGGUGCUGGCCCCACUGGUGGGCCAUGAGGAGCUGCCCCUCAUUCAGGAAGCACUUGUGCUCUCCCCAAGCGACCUGCCCCAGUUCGUGGACCCAGAGCAGCUGCAGCCAACUCUAGGUGGGACCCUGCAGCACUCGCAGACCCAGUGGGUGGAGAUGUGCCAGGCGCUGGAGUGGCUCUGUGGGCUUUGCCAGGGCGUGAUCCAGUCAGUGCAAGUGGCCAGUGCCAAGUUGGAGGCAUCAGAAUUGGCCGAGGGCGACGAGGCGCUCUCUGUGCGGAUCUCCGGACACAAGGAUGCCAUGCAGAAGCUGCUGUCAGACCCACGGUUGCUGGAGUUGCAGAGCAGUGGGGGGUCCCUGCUGGCUCAACUGUCCUCAUCAGGGACCUGCAGUGGCCAAGCCACGAGGGCUGUCAACUUGUAUCAGGAGGUGGACGACGCCAUUCAUAGGCUGGUGCAGCUCAGCAAUCGGUGCCUGGGGCAGCUGGAGCAGGAGAGGAGCCGCCGGCAGAUGACACAGGUGGUGGGCUGGCUGGCUGACCAUGGGGAGCAGGCGCUGGCAGGAUUCACCCCCAUGGGGGUGGGGGAUUCGUUGUUGACCGUGGAGGAGACGCUGGCGAAGUUUGAGGCUUUUCACACCCUUGCCAAGGAAUGGCUGGCCCGGGGGCAUGAGGCUCUGCGUCUGGCUGGUGACGGGGUCCUGGCCCCUGAGGGGCAGCAGCUGGAGAGCUUCGCGCGCCGGCUGGAGAGCUGUGCGCACACCAUGCACAGUGCCCUGCGGCUGCACCGCUUCCUGCAGCAGGCUCAGGCCUGGGCCCUGGAGGGCGCCCGGCGCCUGUCGGCCAUUGAGGACGGCGCAGGGCCGGAGGUGGUGCUGGGGGCGCUGGGCCGGUACUGCCAGCAGCAUGGCGAGAUCUCGGACGGCGCCUUCCAGGAGAUGCGUGGGCUGGCAGUGCAGAAUCCCUGGGCGCUGCGGGAGCUGGGGCGCUGCCGGGCCCGCUGCCAGGAGCUGGGGCACCUCCUGCAGCGGCGGCUGGAGGUGGCAUGGCAGACUGGGCCCCCGCCCCGGCGCCGUGCUGACAGCACCAGCAACUCCUGCUCACCGCAGCGCCCAACGAGGGGCCUGGGCACCAGCCUGGGCUCCUCCCGCAGCAUGAGCUGCCUGCUGCCCCCGCCUGACAGCCUCUCCCCUGGCCUGUGCGAGGUGCCCUCUUGCCACUCACUGGCGUCCCCUAGGGACCCCAUGGAGACCAGCGACGAAGAGCGGAGCCCCCCUCCCACCAGCACCCCCACCGCUGCCUUCUUCCAGGCACCCACGCUGCCUCUGGGCACACUGCCCCCCUGCCAGCCUCCCCCCAGGGGUCCCCCCAGCACACAGAGGGCGCUGAGCGAGCCCGGCCCCAGCCCUCCCCGCCCCAGUGUCCUCAUCCGCGGGCUGGAAGUGAGCAGCCAGGAGGUGGUGGACCGGACCUGCUCGCCCCGGGAGCACGUGAUGCUGGUCCGCAGCAGUGCCCAGAGGGCCGAGGCGCCGUGGGGGGGCACGCCCAGCACUGAGCGGAAACGCCGCCUGGGCGCCCAGCAGAGGCUGGUGGCAGAGCUGAUUGCCUCGGAGCAGGAGUAUCUGGGCUGCCUGGCUGAGUCGCUGGCCCUGGAGUCGGGAUGCCAGGAGGUUCCCCCUGAGCUGAGACGCGAGUGCAGUGCCUUGGAGGGCACCCGCGACCGGCUGCUGGGCUUCCACCGCGCCUACUUCCUGAAGGAGCUGCAGGGCUGCGCCAGCCACCCACUCCGUGCAGGGGGCUGCUUCCUGCGAUAUGCGGACCAAUUCAGUCUCUAUGCUCUCUACGUGAAGAACUGGCAGAAGCUCCAAGCGGCCCUGGCCUCUCAGCAAGCUGCCAACAAGAUGGCACACAGCAGCCUAGAAGGUCCCUGGGAGGACACGGCGCUGGCAAGUGCCCUGCAGAGGCCCCUGGAGCAGCUGGAGCACUAUGGGCACUUUCUGGAGGAGCUGCUGCAGGAGACGGACCCGGAGCAGACGACAGAGCGCGAGGCCUUGCGGGCAGCGCAGCAGCUGCUGGAGUCCCAGGUGCAGCACGGCAGGAACCUGCUGGCGAUGGAGCAGAUCCGGGGCUGUGAGCUGGAGCUGAAGGCACAGGGGCAGCUGCUGCACCGGGACGAGUUCACCGUGCUGCGCGGGCGCCGCAAGUGCCAUCGACACGUCUUCCUCUUCGAGCAGCUGCUGCUCUUCAGCAAGCGCAGGGGCACUGAGGGCGGCUUGGACGUCUACGUCUACAAGCAGGCCUACAAGACGGCGGAUAUGGGGCUGACGGAGAACAUCGGGGAGAGUGGGCUGCGAUUCGAGCUCUGGUUCCGGCGUCGCAAGCUGCGUGAGGCCUACACGCUGCAGGCCUCCUCACCCGAGGUGAAGCACAAGUGGACCAGCGCCGUGGCUCAGCUGCUGUGGAGGCAGGCCACACUCAGCAAGGAACUGCACACCCAGGAGAUGGUCUCCAUGGGCAUCGGGGACAAGCCCUUUGUCAGCAUCCAGAGCCCCAGCCAGGCCCUGCUGAGCAGCCUGCUCACAGGCAGAGCCGCCCGCACCCGUGCCUCUGUGGCCGUCUCUUCCUUCAGCCCCUGGGCCGGGGCCCCAUGCUCCCCGCCGGCUGCCACGUCGUCCCCCCGCCCCAGCCCUGCCCCCCUGGGCCUGAUCUGCGAUGCCAGCACUGUGUCCCCUGCGUCAGGGCGCUCCCCUGGGGCCUGCUCGCUGCCAGGGCACCUGGAGGAGGAGGAGUGGGAGCUGGACGUCAAGCACAUCCCCCGCGCAUCCGAGACAGCCGCUGGCUCAGGAGCUGCUCUGGCUCUGGGGGAGCCAUCCCCCAGGCGGGCAGAGUCGCCAGGGGGUUCUGCCCCAGUGCAGCGCCGGCCAAGAGACGGCCACGCCCCCCCCGACUUGGCGACCCCGCUCUGACCCUGGUGCCGAGAGCUGGGUCUGGAGCCUGCACAGGAAGCUGUUUGCCUCUCGUGGUUGCGUGGGGCAGGAUCGGAGCCCUGGGGCCGCCAGGAAUAGGACAGUCUGAGCCCCUGGCAGACCCCUGGCACUGCACCCCACAGGCUGUACCCCACGGAUCCUCCCCUCCCCACCCACUGCAUGGAGCCACCAGACGACCCCCAGCCACUGCCCCAUAGGUCCUCCCCUUACCCUUCAUGGGACUACUAGGGCCCUGUAGCUACGAUGUGGGGUGGGGGAUGGGUAUCAGUGGAGGGCGCAGUGCCCCAUGGCCUGGGAGGGGAAAGACAGUGAUGGUGUGGGCAGGAAACCCAUCUGGCCUGGGCGUCAGAGCAGCAGGGCUGGCCUGGGGCUAGAAGGGCAGUGAUAGCUGCACCCUGAGUACGGCCUGGGACUGCCCCAGCACCAGCACCUGGCUAGCACGAGGACCCCGCUCUCAUGGACCCCGAGUGUGCCCACCCGUGGCCCCGCACACUCACCGAGCUCCCCGUGCAUGUGCACAGAGCCCAUGAGGAUUGCCACUCAUGUGCAUACUGAUCCCUGUCUCACCCAGCCGUGUGUCCACAUGCCACAACCCCUUCACGUGCCCAGGUCCACACUGAUCCCUGUCUCACCCAGCCAUGCCUCUACGUGCCACAACCCCUUCACAUGCCCACGCCCACGCUGAUCCCUGUCUCAGCCAGUCGUGCCUCCACGUGCCACAACCCCUUCACGUGCCCACGCACACGCUGAUCCCUGUCUCAGCCAGUCGUGCCUCCACGUGCCACAACCCCUUCACGUGCCCACGCACACACUGAUCCCUGUCUCAGCCAGUCGUGCCUCCAUGUGCCACAACCCCUUCACGUGCCCACGCCCGUGCCCACGUCCAUGCACACACUGAUCCCUGUCUCACACAGCCAUGCCUCCACAUGCCACAACCCCUUCACAUGCCCACGCCUACGCACACACUGAUCCCUGUCUCACACAGCCAUGCCUCCACAUGCCACAACCCCUUCACAUGCCCACGCCUACGCACACACUGAUCCCUGUCUCACACAGCCGUGCCUCCACGUGCCACAACCCCUUCACGUGCCCAUGCCCACGCACACGCUGAUCCCUGUCUCAGCCAGUUGUGACUCCAUGUGCCACAACCCCUUCACGUGCCCACGCACACGCUGAUCCCUGUCUCACCCAGCCAUGCCUCCACAUGCCACAACCCCUUCACAUGCCCACGCACACACUGAUCCCUGUCUCACCCAGUCGUGACUCCAUGUGCCACAACCCCUUCACGUGCACACGCACACACUGAUCCCUGUCUCACCCAGUCGUGACUCCAUGUGCCACAACCCCUUCACGUGCCCAGGUCCACACCCCUCCCCUUCUGAAGCAGCUGUAGCCACCAGGGUUACUGCAAGGCAGCCACAAGGGCCCUGGGGUGACCCAGCCUCAUCAGCCGGGGGCAGGAGCAUCACAGGAAGUCUUUACCUGGCAGACUGGAGCAUCAUAGAACAGUCCCUUCUGGGGAGAUUGGAGAACUGUGGGAAAUUCAGUGGCUGGUAGACUGGAGCAUUGUGAGACACUGUGCUGGGAGCGACUGGAAGAUCAUGGGAAAUUCUGUGCUUGGUGUACUGGAGCAUCAUGGGAUGUUCCCUGCUGGGGAUACAGGAGCAUCGUGGGAAAUUCAGUGCCUGGCUGACUGGAGCAUCCUGGGACAUUCCGUCCUGGGGAUACUGGAGCAUCAUGGGACAUUCUGUGCUCAGGGAUUAGAGCAUUGUGGGAAAUUCUCUGUCUGACAGACUGGAGCAUCAUGGGGAUUCAGCUCUUGGGGCCGCAGCUUUAUACAAGUACUAAGGAGUAUAUAAUAUACAAUAUAUUUACUGAGGGAGCUGGGCCGGCAGGAGUGGGGGCUGCAGCUGCCAGGGAAGCAGGAGCCUGUGGGGCCUGGCCUAGGAAUGAGAGGUAUACUGGAAGGCUGCUGCCUCAUGCCCUCAGGACCUGGCACUGAGGCCUCCCCCGACUAUGGGGUGGAGGGGCUGGGGUGACUGCAUUUGGAGACAGGAAGCCGGUCGCUGUACAGACUCCUGGCCAUUUAUAUCCUGCAUAUUAAUAAAGCCGUGCCGGCAGCUG